GCUCUGGACAACGAUCAGAGGUCAAGGGGCCAAGGGCUCAGAACCAUUCUCCGUCUCUGGCCCUCUCCACCAUGAGGGGAAACCAGCAGCUCACACUGGUCUCCUUUUUACUGUUACUGCUUCUUCCCAGAGAUGCCGCAGCUGCUGCAAAACCACAAUAUGUGGUGCUGGUCCCAUCACAGCUCGAUGCAGGAGUUCCUGAAAAGGCCUGUGUCAACCUCCAGCACCUGAACGAGACUGUGACCCUCGACAUUAUUCUACAGUAUGAAAAGCAGACCACAAACCUCCUCACAGGCCAGACGGUAGAGAAGGAUUCCUUCUACUGCAGCCCUUUCAUGAUCUCCAGUGUGCCAGCAUCCUCAGCAUUCAUUAUCGUGCAGAUAAAGGGGCCGACCCAGAACUUCACAAGGACGAGGCCAAUGCAGAUAAGAAAAGCAGAGAACAUAGUCUUUGUCCAGACAGACAAGCCCAUAUACAAACCAGGACAAACAGUGAAAUUCCGUGUUGUCUCUGUGGACACGAGUUUUCACCCGCUGAAUGAAACGUUCCCUGUCAUUUACAUUGAGAAUCCCCAGAGGAAACGAAUUUUUCAAUGGCUAAACACCGAUCUACAAAAAGGACUCCACCAGCUCUCUUUCCCACUGUCAGCUGAACCAGCUCUCGGUACCUACAAGGUUGUAGUACAGAAGGACUCUGGGAAGAAAACAGAGCACUCCUUUGAGGUGAACGAAUAUGUUUUGCCCAAAUUUGAGGUGAAAGUAAAAUUGCCCAAGAUCAUUUCUUUCCUGGAAGAGGAAUUUGAGGUGUCGGCCUGCGGCUUGUACACAUAUGGAAAGCCCGUUCCUGGUCUGGUGACGAUGAGCGUGUGCCGAAGAUAUUCACGAUUCCACUCCCAGUGCCAUGGCCAAAAUUCACAAAGUAUCUGUGAAGAGUUCAGCGGCCAGGCAGAUGAUAAAGGAUGUUUCAGACAAGUUAUAAAAACCAAAGCAUUUCAGCUAAGACAAAAAGGCCAUGACAUGAAUAUAAAAGUGGAAGCCAACGUCAAAGAGGAGGGCACAGGACUGGAACUCACUGGUCAUGGAUCGUGUGAAAUAACAAACACCUUAAGCAGACUGACAUUUACUAAAGCUGAUACACACUACAGGCCAGGACUACCUUUCUAUGGGCAGGUUCGUCUUGUCGAUGAGAAGAAUCAGCCAAUGCCCAACAAAAACAUAACUGUCCGUGUGGAUGUAUCUAAGUACCUGUCCACGUUCACCACUGAUGAGCAUGGCUUGGUCAACCUUGCCAUUGACACGUCCAACUUCACGUCUUCAUUCAUGGGCAUCGCGGUCUCCUACAAGGAUAACAAUAACUGCUAUGAUAACUGGUGGCUUAGUGAAUUUCACACACAAGCGCAUCAUUCUGCAACGCGUAUCUUCUCCCCGAGCAAGAGUUAUAUUCAUCUUGAACUUGUUCUUGGUACUUUGUCCUGUGGGCAAACCCAGGAGAUUCGGACACAAUACAUUCUGAACAGAGACCUCCUGAAGGAUGAAAAAGAUUUAACCUUUUACUAUCUGAUCAAAGCAAGGGGAAGCAUCUUUAGCUCGGGAACCCACCUGCUGUCGCUUGAACAGGGAAACAGUAAGUAUCUUCCCUAUGUUAUGCCCUCACAUCUUGCCAAACCCUCUGGGCAAGCUGGAACCCCUCUCACAUUACAGGAAGUGCAUGCAGCUCUCAAUUAUCCCUUGAGGAAGCUGUUCGAUAUUGCUAUAAUCAUAUGCUCUUUACAGGUAAAUUUGAGUUUCUCACCAGCGCAGAGCCUGCCAGCCUCUGAUGCCAACCUGAAGGUCACAGCCACGCCCCUGUCCCUCUGCGCCCUCCGUGCGGUAGACCAGAGCGUGCUGCUGCUGAAGCCGGAAGCCGAGCUCUCACCUCAGUCAAUCUAUGGAUUACUGCCAGAAAAGCCUCCCCAGGGUGUUCAUUAUGGCAGGAAUGACGAAAACUGCAUCGUUGUAGACGAUAUCACUCACAACGGGAUUGUGUACACACCGAAGCAGGACCUGGGCGAUGACGACAUGAGCAGCGUGUUUGAGUCUGUAGGAUUAAAUAUUUUUACCAACUCCAAAAUCCACAAACCACGCUUUUGCCAGCCGGUUCGUGCCUAUGGAGGAAUAGGAGGCGGCUAUAGAGUAGCACCUCAAGCCUUACCUAUGGCAGCAGUCCCAACAGGGAACUUCAGAGGAAUGAGUUACGCGAUGGCCGUAGACUCGGCAAUGAGCGAAGAAUUUUCAGAGGUGGAAGUAAGAGAGACCGUGAGGAAAUAUUUCCCGGAGACCUGGAUCUGGGACAUGGUGCCACUGGACGUAUCAGGUGGCAGUGAGCUGGCAGUGAAGGUCCCUGAUUCCAUCACUGAGUGGAAGGCCAGCGCAUUCUGCUUGUCCGGAGCUACCGGCCUCGGUCUCUCCCCCACCAUCUCUCUCACCGUCUUCCAGCCCUUCUUCCUGGAACUCACCCUCCCCUACUCUGUGGUGCGCGGAGAAGCCUUCACCCUCAAAGCUACCGUGUUCAAUUAUAUGUCUCACAGCAUUCGGAUCCGUGUGGACCUAGAGAACUCUCCUGAUUUCCUGGCAGUCCCAGUGGGAGACCAUAAAGACUCUCACUGUAUCUACGGCAAUGGAAGGAAAACUGUGUCCUGGGCUGUGACCCCGAAGUCACUGGGGGAGGUGAACUUCACAGCCACCGCAGAAGCUUUGCAGUCUGCAGAACUGUGUGGCAAUGAGGUGGCAAAAGUGCCAGCCCUCGUACGGAAGGACACUGUAGUCAAGCCCUUGAUAGUCGAGCCUGAAGGAAUCGAGAAGGAACAAACAUUCAACACACUACUGUGUGCUUCAGAUACUGAAUUACUUGACGAGUGGUCACUGAUCCUUCCACCCAACGUGGUUGAAGGAUCUGCCAGGGCUACACACUCCGUUCUGGGCGAUAUACUAGGCUCUGCAAUGCAAAACCUCCAAAAUCUUCUCAAGAUGCCCUAUGGCUGUGGAGAACAAAAUAUGGUCCUUUUUGUUCCUAACAUCUAUGUCCUAAACUAUCUGAAUGAGACACAACAGCUGUCAGAGGCGAUCAAGUCCAAAGCCAUCGGCUACCUCGUCAGUGGGUAUCAGCGGCAGCUGAACUAUCAGCACAGUGAUGGUUCAUUCAGCACAUUCGGGAACCGUGGUGGGAACAGCCUGGGAAAUACCUGGCUCACUGCAUUCGUGCUCAAGGCCUUCGCUCAAGCGCAGUCCCACAUCUUUAUAGAGAAGAUGCACAUCACGAAAGCGCUCAACUGGCUCUCAGGGAAGCAGAAGGAAAACGGUUGCUUCGAGCAGUCUGGACACCUGCUCAACAAUGCAAUGAAGGGUGGCGUGAGUGAUGAGGUGACGCUCUCUGCCUACAUCACCAUCGCGUUGCUGGAGAUUCCACUGUCUGCCGAGCACAGUAUCGUCCGCAAUGCUCUCUAUUGCCUGGAAACAGCCUGGGCCUCCAUCUCAGGGAGCCAAGGAAGUCAUGUCUAUACUAAGGCGUUGUUGGCCUAUGCCUUCGCCCUGGCAGGAAACCAAGUCAAGCGAAGCGAGCUGCUUGAAUCACUAAACAAAGAGGCUGUGAAAGAAGAGGAUUCAAUCCACUGGCGACGUCCCGGGAACAUUCAGGAAGCAGAGACGCCCUACUAUCGCCCACGGGCCCCUUCUGCUGAAGUGGAAAUGACAGCUUAUGUGCUUCUCGCCUACCUGACGGCUCUGCCAUCCCCGUCUUCAGAGGACCUGUCUUCUGCAUCCCAGAUUGUGAAGUGGAUCAUCAGGCAGCAAAACUCCUACGGAGGCUUCUCCUCCACUCAGGAUACAGUGGUGGCCCUCCAAGCCCUCUCCAAAUACGGAGCAGCCACUUUCACAAAAAGUAAGAAAGAAGUGUUGGUCACCAUCAAGUCUUCAGGGACAUACUCUCAGAAGUUCACUGUUCACAACGCCAACCGCCUGCUGCUGCAGGAAGUCAGACUGCCGGAUCUUCCUGGAAAUUACAUCACCACCGUGUCAGGGUCUGGAUGUGCAUACCUCCAGACAUCGCUAAAAUACAACAUCCUUCCAAAGACAGAAGGAAGAGCGCCCUUCACUCUGCAGGUCAAUACUCUCCCCAUAAACAUUGAUGAAAAUCACAGAACUUUCCAGAUUCACAUCAACGUAAGUUACACUGGAGAACGAUCCAGCUCCAACAUGGUCAUUGUUGACGUGAAAAUGGUAUCAGGCUUCAUACCUGUGAAGUCAACUGUGAGAAAGCUCCAAAACCAGCCUAACAUUCAGAGGACUGACGUGACCACCAACCAUGUUCUAGUCUACAUUGAAAAGCUAACCAGUCAAAGCCUGAGUUUCUCCUUCUUGGUGGAACAAGACAUUCCAGUAAAGAACUUAAAACCAGCUCCAGUAAAAGUCUAUGAUUAUUAUGAGACAGAUGAAUUCGCCAUUGAAGAAUACAGUGCCCCUUUCAACACUGACUCUGAACAAGGAAAUGCUUAAAAAUGGGAACCUGUAGAUCUCGCCAGAUGGACGUCUCCAGGCAUGAAGAACCAAGACCUGUUAGAAGAACAGACAGUGAAUAAAUGGGAGGGAAUUAGAGAUACAUGAAAUUUAUAUAUUGAAUAAAGUUAUGGCAUUUACAAUUA